AAUGUAACGAGAGAGAUGUGACGGUGCGACAGGGAUCUCGCACGUGACCGUUACUAGCGCGCCUCGCUUAGCUUUUCCACCCAACGAACAAAAUAGCCUGCGAGCCAUUGUCGAACUUCCUGCUUCGCUCCUACGACAACUAACCCACAGCAUCACAUACCGUCAAGAUGCCCACCCAUCUUUCCAAGACCCGCAAGCACCGCGGUCAUGUCAGCGCCGGUCACGGACGUGUCGGCAAGCACCGCAAGCAUCCCGGUGGUCGCGGUAUGGCCGGUGGUCAACAUCACCACCGAACCAACAUUGACAAGUACCAUCCUGGUUACUUCGGAAAGGUUGGAAUGAGGUACUUCCACAAGAUGCAGAACCUCUUCUGGAAGCCCGUCAUCAACCUCGACAAGCUUUGGUCGCUCAUUCCCGCUGAGAAGCGCGCUGAGUACCUCGCCAACAAGAGCGGCAACGCCCCUGUCCUCAACCUCCUCGACUACGGCUACUCCAAGGUCCUUGGAAAGGGUCGUCUCCCCGCCGUCCCCAUCGUCGUCCGCGCCCGCUACGUCUCGGCUGAGGCUGAGAAGAAGAUCAAGGAGGCCGGUGGUGUCGUUCAGCUCGUCGCAUAAACGCCUUCAUACGAUACCCUCGAACAAUCACAC